AUGGAUACGUCCCUCAAAAUAGAAAAGUGGGACGAGGAUGAUCAAAACUUUUUCGUAGGUUCGCUCUCUGAGUUCACCAACGAUCGAUGGGAGCACAUUGGACCUGUCUCAAACCUCAAUCUCCCAGCCUACGAUGUUUCGACUCCCCCGUCUGCUGUUUCUCCAGUCGAGUCCAGCGAAAAACAAGCUGCGACCACUUCUCCGCCAAUAAAGUCUAGCGAAGUGAAUAGCUCGACCACCUUGCCUCCUAUUUCUCCAAUCAAGUCCAGCAAAUCAAACAAUUCGUCCACUUCGCCUACUGUUUCUCCAAACAAUUCUAGCAAAGCAGACAAAUCGACCAGUCCUGCUACCUCUGUCGCGUCAACGUCUGACAGUCAGCUGACUUCCGACAAUGUCGGACCCUCAAGCACUACAAUCACUCCACCCGAGAAAGUCAAGGUAUUCACCUUUUCAAUGAGCGGCUCGCGUGCUCAACCCGAGGUAGUACCAUCCGGGCAGAACACCAAGCGUGUUACCAAGAAGAAGAAGCAAGACGGUCAAAUUCAUCGAGUGCAAGAGGAGAUACAACCAAAGACCCCAGUGCAGACUGUUUGGCCACCCACUCCGCAGUCAACCUCGCAGUCGCAAUUGCAGUCGCAGAGUCCUAUCGCGCCUGCUCGGGCGGUUCCACCUCGUUUGAUAAUAGAUUCCCAUGACCCAAGCAUCCGAGGACUUCAAGCAUCCUACGAAGCGAAAAUAAGAGAAGUGAGAAUUGAGUACCAUAGCAAGCUCCGUGCGCAAUAUGAGCACCGGGAGCGACAGGCCACCCAUCAGGAUCUGCAUGUUCAGCGGCAACCAAUUACCAUGCAGCCCUCGACUACUAUGCAGCAGCCAACUACCAUACAGCAACCAACUAUCAUGCAGCAUCCCAACAUCAUGCAGCUCCCCAAAAUCAUGGAGACUGAGCGACAGCUUGAGAUUUAUGGCCAGAAGCUUAAAAUUGCUACUGAAGAAUUCUACCGCAAAAGGGAUGCUCAUUACGAGCAACGAAUCCCCCCACUGGAGCGUCGAGUUCUCAAUGAGCAAUAUAGGGCUCAUCUACGACGCUGCCACGAGCACAAGGAACGGACUGUCCAAUUCGAAAAUUUCAAGCACCAGCUUUUGUUGCAGCAGCAGCAGCUCCAAGCAGUUCCCAAGUUCCAGCCUGCCCAGAUCCCAGCUGCUUCUCAGUUGCUAGCUGCACAUCAUCCCACACCGCACACGGUUCGCACACAAUCUAUCUCAUCUGUCUCUUCAACUGCGGCUCCGAAGAGAUACUUUUCUUUUGUGGAUCCCAUUGUGCCCGACGAUAAGUUUGAGGCUAACCUAAGCAACCACGAGGAAUGGUCGUUUACUCCUGGUGACCACACUUACCUGAACGGAUCUCAGCCCAAGAAGUACAAGUAUGAUCUCUGA